AAAAUGAAGGAAAGUUUUGAAAGUUUAGUAAUUUAGAGCUUUUUGUUUUUUCAGUGAAUUUAUAAUGUAAUAAAAUAAUGUGAAUUGUGAAUUUAAAAAUUGUUAAAUUAUUCCGGAAACAUGUUCGAGUUAAUCUGCAAAAUUUCGUUUUUUCUUUUCAUGUUGGUAAUGUACGCGUACAUUACUUCAACCAGUGAAGUAGUCAUUAUCAUUUUAGGGUAUAUCUGCUGUGUUUUUAGCUAUCAUUACUUUCAAACGAUUAAAACUGCCGUAGAUAAUUUGCUCAACUACGUGCAAAAUUAUGGAUUAUUCAAAACUAACCACAGUCCGGCUCACGUCCCCAAUUAUGUGGUGAGCAAAAAGUACAACAAAGUGAACAACACCGUCAACGUUCCCACAUUAAAUAACAAAAUUUUCGUACCAGUCUGUCGUAAUAACAAUGCAUUUGCCAGCAGUACUCCUGCAGUUUUUAAUUGUAAAUUUAACAACUUUAUUAUGAAUGGAGAUUUACCAUCGCCGAUCAUGCCAACUGGAUUGUUCGUCGAGAAUAGCAACAAGUCCAGGGAUAAGAUGAGAUCGCCUAUGCAAAAUAUGGAUAAAAUUUGCAACAAUUCGACGCUGCGUUACAGAAAUGAUUCCAAAUCUGCUCAUAAUCCAUUCGCUGCCCAUAAAAAGUACAAUAGUAAUUUGGAUAUGGAAACGUACAUGAACGUCAAAAGUCCCGGAUUUACUAGUCGAAUAGUGGAUAAGGCGAUGGAAUCGGCUUCGUAUCAUAUAAAAUAUCCUGCUGUGAAGCAAAUCUCUACGUAUAGAUUCGAUAAAUCUACUCUUCGUCAUCUUUCGAAAAUACCUCGUAUGAGUUCUUCUCCUCUUGUACGAAUAGCACCUCCAGAACCGAUCAAUAUCCACUUAUUGAAUGGUAUGGAGAAAAAAUUGGAUACGAAUGAAGCCUUGGAGCCAAAUUUCUUGCAAGUUUUGAAAGAUAUUUCCAGAAAACGUAACUUUUCUCAAGAAGAGGCUGAAAAAAGUAACGGAACUGCGAAGAAGUCGAGAAAAAACGAUAUCAAGAAUCUCACAAUUUCUCAGUACAAACGUUCCUUGGAGGAUAAAUCUCGCGAUGCUCUAGAUGAUAAAAUCAAAAAAAGAUGCGAGGAUCAUAAACGCGACGCUGCGAAAAUGGUUGUAUACGCUCCUAGUAUUGCCACGACUCCUGAUCGCAAUAAUCAAAGUUACUCGAAAAAAAGAAAAUCUUCCAAUAAAUCCAAAAACGAAUACUCGGAAUCUAACGAAAAAUGUCGCAGAAUCCAUAAAUCUUCAAAAGAGGUCUGUGCUACGGAAAAUUUGGACGAACAAAAGCCGAAGGAAUGCAAUCUCAGAUCAAGUGAUCCUCCGUCUGCUAAUGAGUUAAAAUUGGUGGACGAUUCCGAUCAGCGAUUCAAGCAAUCUCGAGAUGAACCUGUGGAAGGCGAUGAUAUCGAAUACGUUCGGGUAGCAAGCGGUAAAAUUUUAAACAGAACAAAUCGCCCGUAUAGACGGAAACUGAAUAGCAAUAAGAUCGAUCCAGUUUCGGUGAUUGCUUCGGAGCCGGAAAUCGUUGGAGAAAUCAAUGGUACCGAUGACGUCACAAUGAAAGAACAUCUGCUUCAAAAUCUACUCAGCAAUAUUGAGAGGAAAGGUCAUAAAGAUGAAAAAGUGAUAUUCUAUGAAAACAGCAUACUAACUGAUGUAGCUAAAAAUCACGCAGCGUACGAAGAACCUCCGCAACAAGUUCCCAAUCCUAUAUUCACCGAUAACGUCGUGCCUAGUGAAGAUGAAGUUGAAAUGUGUGAAUUGGUGGAUGAUGAAUUGGAAGAAUCACCUGUAAAUACUUGUAACUCGCCGAGCAUUGCCUCAUAUACAACUGCUGCCAUGUAUCACUCUACUCCAAUUAUUUCGAAUGCUGUUUCAACUGAUACCAAUCAUACGACCACAUCGAAGGUAUUUGGCGCAGGUUCAUUUAUCAACCUCAGUAACGGGCAGAAUUCUACAGAUUCUGGUUACGAUACGUUCAACUCAUCGCGGGAACAGAUUAGUCCUUUUACAAAUAGCACGACGUUGGCAAAUUCAUACGACAAAUUAAAAUUCAACUCAACAAACGGAAAUGCUAUCGAACCGGUAUCCAAUUCAAAAGCUGCUAUUCCUGCGAGUUCGGCGUUUUCGUUCAAUCAUUCUUCAAGCAAUCUGUUCUCGGUUCCGUUGCAGUUGAGUUCUGCUUCGCGAAACUCGUGUUUCGCUCAAUCGAAUGGCACUGAUAGUAAAAUACAACCAUUCGCAACUUCCAAUGUGAAGUCGAAUCCGAGUGUACAGUUCGGAAGUAAUUCUGCCUCAUUAUUCGGAUCUGGCGAUGGAAACUUUUUCAGCCCUGGCAGCAGGCAGAUGGGAGACAAGAGUGAAAAUGUUUGUGAUUUCGGCGUCAGUGCAAAAAGUUAUCCGAAUACGUUCGGUUGUAAAGAUGGAACAUCUAUGCAAUGUGAGCCAUCGUUCAGUUCCAUUGCAACGGAAUAUCCGAAGAAUUCUUUUGAAUUUAAAAAUGGCGAAAUUGGUUCUGCAGCCAGCGUAACCUUCAACAUCGGUACCGGAGGAAAUUCAAGAAAUCAUGCAGCACGUAGUCCUAGAAACAAAUAAUCCCUAACAAAUUAUUUUUGUACAUUUUAUAGCUUAAGCCAGAUAUGUUUUUGUUUAAGGUUCAAGUUAAAUCAUAAUUUAUUUAAAACAAAAACUCGAUGUGAUGACAUAAAAGUAGUGAAUUGUAAUGUCUGCUACACUUCGCGCAUUUUUUAUUUUAUGUUCUUUUGUGUGUGUAAAUUUGAGGUUUACUCAAAAUUAUUUUUAUUUGUGUUUUUAUAUUUGAUUGUUUUUUAUUGUUUAUUUUUUUGUUUUACCUCGAUUAUGUUGGAACUCGAAAAUUUUAAGAUCUCAUUUCGAAUUGGAAUUUUCAAAUUAUUCUUUAUUUCGGUUUCAAAUUUUCAUCAUUGUUUUUACUUUUUUAAAUUUGAAAGUCCAUUACCAAAUUUUGUUAACAUAGUUUUAGUUUUGUGUAUUGCCUUUACAUUAAUUUUUAUACUUUUUGUUUUUUGAAUGCUUGUAUUUCUUGAUUCGAAUUAAGAUUUGUCACCGUGUAAUUACGUACUUCACGCAUUACCUCGCAAGUAUGUUUUUUGAAUUGAUUUUAUGUUGCCUAACAAGUUUUGGUCGUACAUGAUGUGUCUAGUUUUUGUUUUUUUAUAUUAUCUUCGUUUUAUAUAGGGUAACAUUAAUUUACUUUUCUAUCGAGUGUUAAUUUCAAUUAUUCUUUCUUGAAAGUAAUGUUGUUUUGUUUUGUGAAAAUUCCAGACAUUAUAUUUUCUAAGAAGUGGUU